AUGGAGGACCUCAGUCAAACCCUGGAGAAAGAUGUGAAAAUUCUGACAGAGUACCUUCAAUCUACCGGCCAUCCCCUGCCAUCUUUUGAUCGCCAGACUCCCACCGUUGUUUUGCCGGAAAAUGCCUCCUCGGAUGCACACUCGGCACGGGAGCGUAUCCUUGACCACUGUUUGCGCCUCUUCCAGCUUGUAGCCGGCCCCAGUGAGUAUUUGGCGAAUUUGCAAACAGGUUACCAUUACCUCUCUUGCCUGCGUUGGCUUUGCCACUUUCGAAUCUUCCAUCUUGUCCCGCUGCAGGGAUCCAUAUCCUACGCUGACCUUGCUAUCCUUGCCCAUGUCCCAGAAGGCGCCUUGAAAAGCAUCGCUCGCAUGUCGAUGACCAAUGGGCUUUUUGUUGAAAAGCCACCACAGCACCUCGCUCAUUCAGCAACUUCAGCUGUACUACAAACGAACUCCGGCUUCCAUGACUGGGCUGUAUUCAACAGUGAAAUUUCCGCUCCCACUGCUCUGUCUAUGGUUGAUGUUCACGACAAGUGGCAAGAUUCGCUCGAUGCGACUCACACCGCAUACAAUGUCGCUUUCGACACAGAUACACCUUUCUUCAAACAUCUCAGCCAGCAGCCAGAGCGCCACCGCCAAUUUGCUGGGUAUAUGCGCGCCGUCACUAGCAGCCAGGGAACUGGUCUUAAGCAACUGGUAGAUGGCUGGGACUGGGCGGCAGUGGGCAAUGGCUUGGUUGUCGAUGCUGGCGGCUCGACUGGUCACGCCUCCAUUGCUUUGGCCCGGAAAUAUCCCAGGUUGAGCUUCAUUGUUGAAGACUUGCCCGAGGUGGCAGCCGGAGGUCCGGCAUACCUUGCGUCUCAAGAUGAUGGCCAAGAACUGUCACCUCGCAUUUCUUACAAGGCACACAGCUUCUUCGAUCCUCAGCCAGUCAAUGAUGCGGACGUCUAUCUCUUGCGAAUGAUUCUACAUGAUUGGGCAUUUGAUGACUCGGUUCGCAUUUUGAUCCGUCUUGUAGAGGCACUAAAACCCGGUGCGCGCAUCAUCAUUAUGGAUACAGUACUUCCUAACCCGGGUAGUAUUCCUGCAUCCAAGGAACGGUUGUUGCGUGUGCGGGAUCUGACAAUGAUGCAAGUAUUCAACAGCCAGGAGAGACAUCUCGAGGAAUGGCUGGAGAUCUUCGCCAAGGUUGAUCAGCGCUUGAAAGUGCAGAAAAUUGAACAACCCUGCCGGGGGCGUUCUUUCAUUAGUCGUGUUGGUUGUGGAGUAAUACGUGAAGACUUGUGA